UGAGUACCAUCGGUGUCGGAUCGGGGAGCAUUUGUUUACAUAACAAAUCAUUUAUUAUCUGUAUUUAUUUUUGAUAGCUAUACUUAUAUAUAAAUAUAUAUAUAUUGUUGAAGCCUUGCCGUUUUAUUUUUGUAGGCUGCUUAUUUAUCAAAUAAUAUUACUAUUUAAGUAUUCUGUGCUGCUUCCGUCUUUUGGGUUUAUAACCUGAAAUUAGCAUUUGAGAAAGCCGGUUUGAAAUUUGGAUUCUUAAGAAAAGGCACUAUUCGUCAUAAAACGAAGUGUCUAAGGACUGCACAGUUUGCGUCAAGAGGGAUUCUAGGACAGAUCCGAACCUACUUUACUUAAAUCGGGAAUUAAAAGGAUCAUGACCAAAACAGAAAUGAGCAGACUUAAUGUUACCCCAGAUGAUGACACCGCAAGCAAUAAUAGCAACGAGUAUACGGAUUUUAACAGAAAGGCGCCUAUUAACAGCCCCUAUGGAGGCAUGGAUCCAGAAAUUCAAAAUUUCUUACCGGACCACAUGUUGGCAAAGAAAAAAUAUGAAACUGACUAUCAGUCUGAAGGGAAUACGUCAUUUGGAAUGUCUGCGUUUAACCUGAGUAAUGCUAUUAUGGGUAGUGGUAUCCUUGGACUAUCCUUUGCCAUGGCCAAUACUGGAAUUAUUACUUUUGUAGUGCUGUUAAUCGCAGUUGCACUGUUUUCUUUGUAUUCAAUCCACCUGUUAUUGAAAACAGCUAAUGAAGUGGGUUCUGUGCAAUAUGAACAUUUGGGCUAUAAAGCAUAUGGCUGGAUUGGGAAACUUGCAGCCUCAGGAUCAAUAACAAUGCAGAACAUUGGUGCAAUGUCAAGCUAUCUUUACAUUGUGAAAUAUGAACUUCCUCUGGUUAUCCACGGUUUUGUAGGAGGUGAAAACAGUGGGCAGUGGUACCUGAAUGGAGAUUACCUAGUGGUCAUCGUUUCAUUAGUGAUCAUUCUGCCAUUGUCACUACUAAAAACUCUGGGAUAUCUUGGGUACACUAGUGGAUUUUCCUUACUUUGUAUGGUCUUUUUCCUAAUUGUUGUGAUUUAUAAGAAGUCUCAGAUCCCAUGUCCUUUGGAAGAGGAUGCACUUAACCUAACAUUGAACAACACUUUAGUCGAACUCACAGCUGCUUCAUACCAUGCACCAAAUGAGACUAGUCCAAUCUCUGAAGCAUGCAAACCAAAGAUGUUUGUUUUUAAUUCUCAGACUGUAUAUGCUGUACCUAUCCUGACAUUUUCAUUUGUGUGCCAUCCCUCAGUGCUUCCAAUCUAUGAAGAACUUAAGGAUCGUAAUCGCAAAAGAAUGCAGAAUGUCGCCAACGUUUCUUUCUUCGCUAUGUUUGUAAUGUAUCUUUUGGCUGCUUUGUUUGGAUAUCUGACUUUCUACGGUAAAGUUGAGGAUGAGUUGCUUCAUACCUACAAAAAAGUUCUAGAUUUCGAUCUCAUUCUCAUUAUUGUUCGUUUGGCUGUCCUUGUCGCUGUCACCUUGACUGUGCCGAUUGUGCUCUUUCCAAUUCGUAAUUCUGUUCAGCAGAUGUUUUUUGCUAAAUAUGAUUUCAACUGGUAUCGUCACGCAUUCAUAACAUUAGCUUUGCUUGGAUUCACCAAUCUGUUGGUUAUUUUUGUGCCAACAAUCAGAGAUAUUUUUGGAUUUAUUGGGGCUUCUGCUGCUGCCAUGUUGAUAUUUAUUCUUCCGUCAGCAUUUUAUAUUAAACUUGUAACAAAAGAACCAAUGAAGUCUUUGCAGAAAAUCGGGGCAAUACUUUUUCUGUCAGCUGGAAUCAUCGUCAUGAUUGGAAGCAUGGGCCUUAUUAUUCUGGACUGGGUUCACAAUUCCAAACCUUGAUGUCUGUUAACCUUUAUAUCUGCUGAAGUUUCCAACAAACAUAGAAAUGCCAUCCUCAGUUCAUCUGUCACUGUGUGAUGUAAUUGUAGAAAAUCCAUUGUUGACCUGCUGGCGUAGAAGUUUCGUUCCUAUGUUGUUGUCAGCUUGGUUUUGAUUUUGACUAUGUUCCCAGAAUUUGAAGGGCCAGCCAGGACAGGUGAAACUGAGCAGCUGAUGGCCUAUUAGCCCAUCUUGGGGUGUGGGUGGGGGUAAGAUUCAGCAGGAGACUUCUGCCCCCUAACAUUACCAUUCAGAAAGGUUCUGUGUUUAUAGACCUGUAGGAAACACUAGGACAGAGGCAGGGCAUCUGGGAGACAUGCCUAUGGAGGUGUGUAUGUAACCUUUGCUCAGUGUCAUUAAAGGCCCUGCCUCCCUGAAUCCCUUAGGGAACUGAAAUAAAAAAAUGCUCCAUUCAUGGCUUAUAGCUGCAGCGUCUCUACCCUCUAGUUGAUAGCUUCCUACAGAAGCUGAAGGGGUUAUUGAGACCUGAGGUAGUAUGCCAUGUGACACGAGGGAGCAUCCCAAAAAGAAAGCUAGAAUAUUCACAAAUAAUAUUGUAAUGUAAAUUAUGUUCAUGAGCUGAAGUCUUAGAUAUUGGCCAGUCAUGUUGAGAUAUUUUAUUUAGAUGUACAAUAGAUUGUACCUCAUAUUUAGUAAAUCGGAGUAGAAAAGAAUUGUCAGUAAUCUUGCUGCAAAUUAUUGACAUCUGUUGCUACCCAAUGGAGUAAAAAUUGGAGUUAUCACUGUUUUCAUUUUGAUUAACUUGAAAGAAGGUUUUACACCAGUACUUUACUUGCUGAGAAGGACAUUGUAAAUUACAAAGCACUUUCAGUAUUUUAAGCAAGUAUGUUUACAGUUGGUGUAUGUGGAUGAGCUUUGCCGAGUAAUCUAGCACAAAAGUUUGUUUUCCCACCAAAAACCUCUUCAUGAGCAGUAGUGAACAAGUUAGAGUACACAGCACAGAGAAUGUACAUGACCACAAAAUGGGAAGGGCAAGGUGAGGUGUCAUACACAAUUUUGUGCCACAUACAUCCAUAGGAUGGACUGAGAUGACUUAUAGAGGUUUGGAGAGUUGCUGUUUGUUCAAGACUUUACUGUGUUAUGAAAUCUGUUAUGUUAAAUGCUACAAAUCUUUAGUAUGUGGCUGUUUUUAACUUCUGAGCCUUAAGUUAUUUUCCAGCAAAUAUUUUUAUAGUGCAACACUGAAAUCUGUACAGUUUAUAUCUAUACUUUGGCCAGUUUUCUUUGUAUCAGUGUUUGAGUUUGUCAUGGUGUAUAAGUUGCACUUAAUUUAUAUAUGAAACAUUAUGUAACUGACUCACUCUGUGGGAGAAAAUCACACAUACUUAUUUGAUGAGCAGUGAUAACUAUGGUGCUCUGUAUGAUGAAAUUGUUUAUCUGUCUAUUAAAGUGUAUAAAUAGAUAGAUACCAAGGAAUCUUGCACCACAUAGUGUGCUGUAGCAGACAAAUGAUUUUUAAUGUUGUUUGCAAACACAGUCAUUUUAUUAAAAAAACAGUCUUUGCUACAGUCACAUCAGCCUGCUGAGGACUGCCUAGCUCAUUUUUCUGAUAUACGUCUGUUUAUCUAGGAGACACCAUUGUCACCACUGUCUCCAGUAAGAUGGUGAUGCAGCCAUUGUGGACAACCAAAAAAAUUGUUGCUAGCCCUUACACAGUGCUAAAGAUAAUAGGUGCACAUUUCUGAAACCUGCAAAACAAGAUCCUUUUUGAAGAUGGUACCAUUUUUUUAUGUAUUUAUUUUUGAAGAUGGGUACAGUCAGUGAUUUUCCCAUCCAGACUUGGUAAAGCCUUCAAGAGGGGAUAAAAGGGAGGGAGUGAUCACUUCAAGUUAGUAUUCUGUGAAUUCCUAAGUAUUGUGUGGUUCUUAACUAGGGUGCAUCUGAGAGGGUAUCCUUUGAAUGUGGAUCUUUAUAUUGGUUCCGUGUGCCUCCUCAGUUGUCCUUUAUCUACCCAACCUUUGUGUGCUUUGGUUCCACUGUGGUUCUUGCUCGCCACAGCUUUUUCCUCUCAAAAUGAUACCUGUACAGUACACCUAAAAUGUACUAGGUGUCUUUAAUGUUACAUUUCAUGCCCCAGCUUGCUAAAAAAACAAAUAAUUCCACCAUUGGCUGCUCAUCUUUCUUACUUAGCUAAUCUUAAUGUUCCACUGAGUUGCCUUUGUAAACUUCAAGCACCCAUCCUCUGCACAACAGUCUGAAUUGUAUUUAAUGAGGAUUUUAAUUCCAUUUCAUGAUGUCAGGGAACAUGGAUGGUCUGAAACUUCUAAAACUGAAUGCAGUUAAGUUACAUGUAUGUGGCCUAUGGUUUUAUUUUUUUCAUAAAUAUUGGAUAGCUUUUUCCUAACUUACCUGCUUUAUUAAAAGUAUCAGUUAGGACCUGUGGCACAUAAUGGCUGGGAUUUCAUGGCCCAUAUGCCAGUCAGACUGCUGUGUAUAUCAAUUUUCCUGGUUGAUUUUUACAUUUUACUAAAGCAAUCUUUUAAAAUGACUUUUGGCUGCAAGUAAUAUAAGCAUUGUGAGUUCCCCAUAAAGAGACUUAGAACUAUUUCAGUCUUAGAGUAACUGCACAAGUGCAUGAGCCCUGGAACAAAGCUUUCAUUAUCAAGUCAUUUAAACUUCAGGUAGUUAUAUUCAACCAAAAGUCACUGCAAAAAGUUGCUUUCAAUAAAUUGCAGUAGCUUAUUGUUACUGCAACUUGUACAUUUCAGACAGUUACAGAAACUUGAUUAUUUUUACUUUUCCAUGUUGAUGUAUGUACAUCUCAUCAGUCUUCCAAAUGCAUAUAAUGUGCUGCUUGUUAUAUGUUAUUUAUGGAACCACAACUGAUCACUCUUCUCAGUAUUUAUGAUGUGUGUAUAUGUAUAUAUAUAUAAUGUACGUAGAUGUAGCUGUAUAUGGUAUAAAUAUGUAAAUAUGCUUUUUCUCAUUUGUUUUACAUGUGCUUAGAAACAGGCUUUAAGGAGUUGUUUUUUUAGGUAGCUCUGACAAUCCCCUUCUUUUCUUUCACAAGGAUUGCCAUCUCAUACUCCAGAUAAAGUACAGACUAAAAUAUUUGUGUGUGUGUGUGUGUGUGUGUGUACAUAUAUAUCUGUCAUCAGAUAUUGAGUGCUUCAAAAAGGGAAUCCAGGGGGGGAAAAUUAUCUGUUUAUGUUUUGCCUGGGGAAGUCCUCCCUUCUGCUAGUUAUAUAUACCAAGUCCCGAGAUUGCACAACAGCGGGGAACGACCCUGCUGUAACACAAUCUCGCAAGCAAAGUAGCAGGCAGGCUUUAAAUCAAAGCAAAAAUAGCAUUCUCUCUCUUACAGACUCCAUCUAUAUCUAUACCUUAAUCUGUACCUGUCUGUCUGUACACAUGCACACACACACACACACACACACAUGUAUAUGGAUUUAUGUGUAUAUAUGUCAUAUGUAUGACAUAGAUACAAUUUUCUUUCUGUUAUUUUUCUGAAAACUGAGUUUUUUAUUUACAUUAUGCAUUAGUAUUGUUUUACUUGUAUUCUCAAACUUUUUCUAUUAAAAGUGUCCAGUCAGGUGACCUUGUUGUUCUCAUUUUUUUUACCCAAUAUUUUCUGGGUUCCUAUCAGGUAACGGAAGACGCAUAAUAUCGAAUGCGUCUUGGUCGAACUUGAAACAAUGAAAACGCAAAAUAACGAAGCGGCUUUUAAACAAAUUCUUUCCCAGGGGAAGAAUUUGCUUGGCCGCUACCGUUACUUUGCUGUUUUUAGCACUGUAGUACGAUCACUGCAUUGGUAUAUUUAAGUAGGGGAGGGUGUGAGGGUGAAGCCCCCACUUUAUGUAUUAUUUCAGUUUUUUUUUUUUUUGGAACAGCGAUUUUGAGCUUUCGAGAUUGUAAGCUUUCGCUUACAUGGGUUUGAUUAUUCAGUGUUUGCUUUUUUAAGCGUUCGAUGAUAUAGACCCUAUUUUCUGCUUCAUAUACAUUUCCAGUUACAGCUGUAGUUCAGGCUUUACAAUAAUUUAAAUCAGGAUAUUCUGAUCUUGCAGUCCCCUGAUUGAGAGUUAAAUAAAGUGACUCCUAGUGCCUGUUUCUCACUAAUCAUGUUUAACAAGAUGCUUGAAUUUUGGUAGUAAAUCAACAUGUAAAAAUCUGAGCUGUAAAAUGUUUCUACUCUGCAACCCAACAGUUGCAGUGUAAUAUAGUGUUUGUAUAUAUACACUUGUGAAUAUAUAGAUAUGUAUAAGUACAUGUAUGUUUGUGUUUAUAAUUGUACUGAAAUAUGUGUGUGUGUUAUGCACACAGACAUACCAAGAAAGAAAAGGAGGGAUGCUUAUUUUAUAGAAGUGUUAUCACAUGAAUAAGGGAUCUAACCUGAGCUAUGGUGGUCCCAUUUCCAUUUCUGGAGGUGGGAGUAUAACACAGUUGUCAAUAGUUGACAUGUAAAAGCAGAAUCCAGUUGUCCCAUUGCCCUUCACUAGAUUAAAAUGUUGUCUUUUCAUAAAAAAAAAUAACACUGAACUGUUUAUUUACUGUAAUAGAUAGGAUAGUUUGGAAGAAACAUUUUCUGGAUAUGAAAACACAUGCUGUAUGAAUAUGUACUUGACUUCUAAAUGGUAGCAGGAAGGCUUUCUGCCAGUGUGUGCAGCAUCACUGUUUCACUUUUCUUUAUGUACGUAUGUAUAUAUACAAGCAUACAUGUGUCUUGCAUUUUAUGUAUACUUGUAGCUGAGCCUCACUGGCACAGUACCUCUUUUUGUUUCAGUGAAACACCUUGUAUAUAUUUAUCUUAUAAACUUUAAUAAAUGAUUAACUGAGA